AGAUCGGGGAAAAAAUGUCCCAAGAGCAGCUCGCGGAGCAAUCCCGACGAGAAUUUCAAUAUCAAAUGCAGAUGCUCCAGCAGCGCGUCUUGCAGCAAGGGCAGGCUUGGCCAAUGCCGGGAGCUCAGCAGCUCCAACAAAUGCUCCUGGCUCAGCAAUUCAUGAUGCAGCAGUUUCGGGCUCAGCAACUCCCCGCAUCCUUCCAACUCGAUCCAGCUGCUCCACAGCUUGUCAAAGCUCCGGUGAAGAAAACGAGGCGCCGAAAAACCACCGAAAAGCCCAAACCACCGCAGCCUACAAUAUCUAAAGAAGCACCAGAAAAUCCCAAAACUUACAAAACGUACCAAGUCCCUCAAUUUGAGCGUGGUGAGACCCUUCGGCACUAUUUGGCGUGUAUGAUUGCAAAUCUACCAAUGGACAAGCGUCAGGAGAGCCUCUCCCCAUGCCCCACAGCUUCCCGUCAAUCUUCCCACAGCAUUGCCUCAAUUUUGAACCUGGAACCCCCCAGCGACAUCUCCAUAGCCUUAGCAAUUCUCAAGGAGCACGAGACCUCCGUUGACUUGUGCAGGAUCUCAGAUUCAGUGAUGGCGGCGUUGAAGCUGGAGCCAACGGUUGCGGAGCCCGAGGCUCCUAGAGCUUCGAUGGGGAGUCGGAAGAGAAAAAGUACCCCGACGAGAAAGUUAUCCGGACAAUUUGAGGAUGCUUUGAUGGAAAUUGUGGACGCACCUCCAGUCAAAUGCUCGAAGAGCCAAGCCAAAAGUUCUCAAAAGCUCAACCAACUUCUAGAUUCUCUAAUGGAAAGAGCUAGCUCAUUUCAAGCUGCUGAGCCCCAAGCUGCCGAGCCCCAAGCUGCUGUGCCCAUAGCUACUGAGCCCCAGGAAAACUCAGAGUUCGAGCAGUUUUUGAAGUCCGCCAUGGAGAUUGCCCGUUCUUCUGAGAGUUCCGUCUCACCAGAAAAUGGAGACGAGAGGCAUCUUGCAAAUGUUCGGGAAGAAAUCGGCGGGCUCCCGGUGGAAAAUCAAGAGCAGGAAUCUAAAAAACAACAAAUUGAGCUAUAAUAUGCCGGAUGAGCACUUUGAUGGAGCCCUAAUGGAGGCGAAAAUCCUGCGGGUUCUGAAUCGCAUGACUCCGGAGCAAGGAGCACUCAUGGAGAGAGCAUUUUAUAAUACUUUAUUAACAGUUUAAGCGUUUUUUUCAUAUAUUUUAUUAAUGAAACUUUUAUUUAAAA